GAAACAUCCGGCAACAUUGUAACAAGUUCUGCCACGAUUUUUCUUUCUAAUUUUUCUGAUGCAAUACAGUAUAUUUCUGCUUGAAACUCAGCAAAAAAAACCAUUAAUAAUCUCUUAAAAUUAACUAAUAAAUAAACUACUGCAAACAUGGAAGGUGAAGAUUUUGAUCCCACACUGUUGAAGAAGAAAAAGAAGAAGAAGACUUUCGAUUUGGACGCCGCUUUAGGUUUGGAUGAUGGCUCAAAGAAGGAAGAGACUAAAGAAGUUGCAGCUGAUGAUGCGGCUGCAAAUGAAAUCGAUGACAAUUUAGAUUUGGAAAGUUUUGGUAAGAAGAAGAAAAAGAAGAAGAAGGCUUUCAAUUUGGAUGAAUUGGAGGGAGCCCUACCAAAAGAAGGCGAAGAAGUUACCGGCGAGGAAAAGAGUGGAGAGCCCACUGAAAGUGAUGAAAACUUGGAAGCGGAACGUGAUUCCGACAAGGACUACAGUUACGAUGAAUUAUUAAAACGUAUAUUUGAAAUUAUUUUGGACAAAAACCCCGAGAUGGCUGCAGGACGUAAACCUAAGUUUGUCAUGAGACCUCCACAAGUACUCCGUGUAGGCACCAAAAAGACUUCAUUCGCUAAUUUCCUUGAUAUUGCGAGAACCCUACAUCGUUUGCCAAAACAUUUGUUGGAUUUCUUGCUAGCUGAAUUGGGUACAAGUGGCUCAAUGGAUGGUAAUCAACAACUUAUUAUUAAGGGACGCUUCCAGCCUAAACAAAUUGAGAAUGUGCUGCGUCGUUAUAUUAAGGAAUAUGUCACCUGCCAUACAUGUCGUUCACCCGAAACAAUUCUGCAAAAAGAUACCCGUCUCUUCUUCCUGCAAUGCGAAUCUUGUGGUUCUAGGUGUUCAGUAGCUAGUAUUAAAUCUGGUUUCCAAGCUGUUACUGGCAAGCGUGCCGCUAUCAGAGCCAAAACUACAUAAACUUCUGGGCAAUUUAUUAAUAUGUAUGUAAUUUUCUAUGUUAUGUAUGUACUCUUUUUCAAAUAACGCGCUCCUACUCCUCCACCCACAAAAGCAGAAUGAAAUAUUUGAAACUGAACCCGUCAGUCAUCAUCAUUGGAAGUGGUAUUGCAAAGUGAAAUUACGACAGGUUCGUUUUAGAAAACAUUUUAAUUUUAUAUUUUUAGAACAAACAAAACUAUAUGAUUUAUUAUAAAACAAGAAAUAAAUAAAUUCAAAUAAAACAUUUUUUCUAUUUCAA